CACACACACAUAUCCCACACAUAUUCUUUCUCCCUGUGGGCCAAGCACCUGUAUAAAGGAAGAUAAAGUUUUUGGGUUAUCAGGACCAGCAGUAGGCCUUUCGAGAAUGGCGAUCACAGCAGGGACUGAUACAAAACCAGUUGAGGGGCUCGGAGGAGAUGGAUUGGUCCAUGAGAGAGGUGAUAUCGAGAAAGACACCCAGAGUGUGGAAUAUCUACCCGGCUACGAUGUCAGACAGAACGAUCAGAACGACCCGUUUGGCAAUGAAGAGUUCGCGGACGUCAAGUACAAAGUGAUGACUUGGUGGCAAUGCGGAAUGAUCAUGAUUGCGGAGACCAUUUCCCUCGGGAUUUUAUCAUUGCCUUCGGCGGUGGCAGCUUUGGGCCUGGUUCCUGCUAUCAUAAUCAUUAUUGGGUUGGGCAUAAUAGCGACCUACACUGGAUACGUUAUCGGCCAAUUCAAGAUGAGGUAUCCGCAUGUCCAUAACAUGGCGGAUGCCGGAGAAAUCCUCUUUGGGCGCAUUGGACGUGAGAUUCUUGGAGGAGCCCAGCUUCUCUUCCUGAUAUUCAUCAUGGGCAGCCAUGUGCUCACGUUCAUUGUGAUGGCAAAUACCAUCAGUGAUCAUGGAACCUGCAGCAUUGUAUAUGGCGUUGUGGGCAUGAUCGUCUCGCUCAUCUGCACGUUGCCACGGACGUUGAAGAACGUAUCCUGGCUAUCGAUUUCAUCGUUCAUCAGUAUCUUCGCUGCGGUGAUGAUAACUAUGAUCGCGAUCGGUAUCCAGCGGCCGGGAAAACAGGUCGACGCCACGGUCGAAGCAAGCUUCUAUCACGCUUUCCUCGCGGUGACGAACAUCAUCUUUGCAUAUGCUGGUCACGUUGCCUUCUUCGGGUUCAUCUCUGAGCUGAAAGAACCCGAAGGGUAUCCCAAAGCCUUAUACUUGCUCCAGACGACAAAUACCAUACUAUAUACCGUCACUGCGGUGGUGAUCUAUAGAUAUGGAGGAAGAGAUGUCGCCUCUCCAGCACUGGGGUCCACGGGCCCUAUCGUCCGAAAAGUAGCGUAUGGGAUUGCCAUACCGACGAUUGUGAUCGCUGGUGUGAUCAACGGCCACGUUGCCGUGAAGUACAUAUAUGUGCGGAUUUUCCGCGGCACUGAUCACAUGUCCAAGAGAAACUUCCUAUCGAUUGGCACCUGGGUUGGUCUUGCAGUACUGUUGUGGGUGCUCGCUUGGAUUAUCGCAGAGGCGAUCCCGGUGUUCAACAACCUCCUAAGCUUGAUUACCGCGCUGUUUGCCAGUUGGUUCACUUGUAAGUUGAACCCACCCUCCCCACCCCCCCCCCGAGUCUUUAGUGAAAAGCCUGAGCAGGCUUUGUUGUCUGAAGCGUUGCUGAUCGAAUUGAUCCCAGACGGACUUAGCGGCGUUUUCUGGCUCUAUCUGAACUACGGCAAGUACACAUCAUCGCCGAGAAAGAUAUUCCUCACGGUGUUGAAUGUGUUUGUGUUUUGCGCAGGUGCUGCAAUUGUACGUGGCUGAAUUUCCCCCCUAGACCCCCCAGGAGGGUCUGUCUUGCUUUAAGACGAGGCUCACCACAGCUAACGAUGUGGCGAUGUAGUGCGGAUUGGGCCUGUAUGUCUCCGGACGGGCGAUACACGAGAGUUCCAGCGGCGCUUCAUUUUCGUGUGCGAACAAUGCUUGAGUCAUGUUACCGUGAAGCGUUGCAUUUUUUUUUCCUUUUUUUCCCUUAAUGGACUGGUUUUGAAUUUGUCCACAUCCUCGCAUCUGACGCUAU